AUGGAGCAACAAGUACCGCUCAACUACGAGGCUUCGGCCGGCGACACAAACAAGCAGGUCACGACUACUCUACCGCAAGAAGUCGUGCAAUGCCUUGAAAAUGCGCGAUUCCUCCACCUGGCAACAUGCAACGAUAACAUCCCCAAUGUCUCGCUCAUGAACUACACCUAUCUCCCUUCGUCGAACUACUCCAGCGGUCCCGUCAUUGUCAUGACCACGAACCCCGCUUCCAGGAAGACACAUAACCUUCUUUCGAACCCCAACGUCUCUCUCCUGGUUCACGACUGGUCUUCCCACCGACCUCCGACUUCCGGACGACGCCCCUCAGGCGGCAGCCCCGGCCCCGAACACCGCUCCAGCUUAGCCUCGCUACUCCUUAACCUAAACACCGCAGCAGUAUCCAGCAUCAGUGCCACGAUCAACGGAACCGCAAGGCUGGUGGAUAAUGGCUCUGACGAGGAGAAGUUCUACCGCGAGGCGCACCUCGAGAACAACACCUUCGACGAGGGCCAGACGUUCAACCCAAGCGUGCAGGCUGAGGAUGGCGGCAGGGGAUGCUUUGUUGCUGGAGAGGAGGUACGAGUCAUUGUUGUAACGAUCAAGGAAAUGAGGAUCAGCGAUUGGAAGGGUGCGGUGCGGGAUUAUGUCCUUGUGGAAGGAGACCCUGCCAUUGCUCCUCAGGUCAACGGCGUACGGUAG